CCCCCUCCCCUCAAGGGUGUCUCUGCCCCUUUAAGGGGGGUCCUUGUGAUUUUGGGGGGGUCUCUCCCACCCCCGAGGAUGUCUCUGCCCCUUUAAGGGCGGUCCUUGUGCCUUUGAGGGGGUCCCCCCUUCCCCCGAAGGUGUCUCUGCCCCUUUAAGAGGGGUCCUUGUGCCUUUAGAGGAGUCGCCCCUGCCCCCAAAGGGGUUUCUUCCCCUUUAAGGGGGGGUCCCCCCUGCCCUCAAGGAUGUCUCUGCCCCUUUAAGGGGGGUCCUUGUGCCUUUGGGGAGGGUCCCUGCUGCCCCCAGAGGGGUUUCUUCCCCUUUAAGGGGGGUCCCUGUGCCUUUGGGGGGGGCUGUCUUGCCCCCAGGGCAGGUUCCUGUUGCCCCAAAGGGCUCCUCACCCCGUUAGACGGUUCGGGGGUUCCCCCCCCCAUCGGGCCCUGUUGCCCCCGGGGUGUCCCCGUCCCUUUGAGGGACCCGGGGGGGCCCCAGGGCCGGUCCCUGUCACCUCCUCAUCUCUUAGGGGGCACAUGAGGGGGUGUCCCCCCCCCCAGUGCUCUGGGGCCACCCUCCUGCCCCCCCCCGGGCUCCUUCCCUGGUGCCAGCAUCAGGCUCCAAACCUUGUCCCUGCUCCUCCCUUGUCCCCCCCCCCCUUCCAGGACAGGUCCCGUUGUCCCGGGGGGGUCCCACAUGGAGCAGGGGGUCGGUCCCUGCUUUAACCUCUUGUUCCCAUCAGCUGCCACGGAGGCUCCAGGCCCCGUUCCUGCAGCUCCGGCAGGGUGAGCGCUCCGCAUCCCACCAUGUCGGACAAAGGCAGCAGCAUGGACGGGAAGACGGACAUAGUGAACGGCAGCUUGUCCAGCAGCCCCGAGGAGAUGUCGGCUGAGGAGGGCCGGGAAACCUCCUCGGGCAUCGAGGUGGAGGCCUCGGACCUCAGCUUGAGCCUCACGGGCGACGACGUGGGGCCCAACCGCGCCAGCAUGGAGACGAGCCGGGACACGGACACGGAGAGCUCGGGUGAGGAGAAGGACUCGGACAGCAUGGACGACACCGGCCACUACUCCAUCACCGAGGAGAGCCGGGCCCUCGACCGCUCGCACUCGGAGGAGGAAGAGGAAGAGGAGGAAGAGGAGGAGGAGGAGGAGGAGCAGCGGGCGCAGCGGCGCGCCCAGCGCAAGCGCGCCACCCACGAGCAGGACUCGUCGGACGACGAGCAGGCGCUGGAGGAAUGGGUGGCCUCGGAGACGUCGGCGCUGCCGCGGCCGCGCUGGAGAGCCAUCCCCGCGCUGCGGCGCCGCCAGCUGGGCGCCAGCACCCGCUUCGUGCCCGAGGCGUGCGGGGCGCGGGUCUUCGUGCAGCGCUUCCGCCUGCAGCACGGCCUGGAGGCGCACACGGGCUGCGUGAACACCCUGCACUUUAACCAGCGCGGCACCUGGCUCGCCAGCGGCAGCGACGACCUGCGCGUCGUCGUGUGGGACUGGGUGAGGAGGAGGCCGGUGCUGGAGUUUGAGAGCGGCCACAAGAGCAACGUCUUCCAGGCCAAGUUCCUCCCCAACAGCGGGGACUCCACGCUGGCCAUGUGCGCCCGGGACGGGCAGGUCCGUGUGGCCGAGCUCUCGGCCACCCAGUGCUGCAAGAACACCAAACGUGUGGCCCAGCACAAAGGAGCCUCACACAAGCUGGCCCUAGAACCGGAUUCUCCAUGCACUUUCCUAUCGGCAGGUGAAGAUGCUGUCGUCUUCACCAUCGACCUGAGACAAGACCGACCCGCCUCGAAACUGGUGGUGACCAAGGAGAAGGAGAAGAAGGUGGGUCUCUACACCAUCUACGUCAACCCCGCCAACACCUACCAGUUUGCUGUGGGUGGCAGAGACCAGUUCAUCAGGAUUUACGACCAGCGGAGGAUAGACGAGAACGAGAACAACGGCGUCCUCAAGAAGUUCUGCCCCCACCAUCUGGUGAACAGUGAGUCCAAAGCCAACAUCACCUGCCUGGUCUACAGCCACGACGGCUCCGAGCUCUUGGCCAGCUACAACGAUGAGGACAUUUAUCUCUUCAACUCCUCCCACAGCGACGGGGCCGAGUACGUCAAGAGGUACAAGGGCCACCGCAAUAACGCCACGGUGAAAGGUGUGAAUUUUUACGGCCCCAAAAGCGAGUUCGUGGUGAGCGGCAGCGACUGCGGCCACAUCUUCCUGUGGGAGAAAUCCUCCUGCCAGAUCGUGCAGUUCAUGGAGGGGGACAAGGGCGGAGUGGUGAACUGCCUGGAGCCCCAUCCCCACCUCCCCGUCCUGGCCACCAGCGGCCUGGACCACGACGUCAAGAUCUGGGCCCCCACAGCCGAGACCCCCACGGAGCUGGCGGGGCUCAGGGAGGUGAUCAAGAAGAACAAGCUGGAGCGGGACGAGGACAGCCUGCACCACACCGACAUGUUCGACAGCCACAUGCUCUGGUUCCUCAUGCACCACCUCCGGCAGCGCCGCCACCACCGCCGCCGCCGGGAGCCGGGAGCCCCGGAUGGAGACUCGGAUGAGUCCCCCAGCUCCUCGGACACGUCGGAUGAGGAGGAGGAGGGCCCGGACCGGGUGCAGUGUAUGCCAUCGUGAGCCCCCCCCCCGGGCCCCCCCUGCACCCCCCCAGCACCGCGGGGGGGGCUCCGGCCACGCACCGCCCCCACUAACACAUGGAGCUUUGGAUUGACUUAAAGACCCCCCCCAUAUCCCCCCCCAUCCAUCCUCACAUCCCCCCCCCAUGGCACAGCCUCACCCUGGGGGUCCCCCCAGCACUGAGGGGGGGGGGAUUUUUAUACUAAUGUGGCCCCCCCCCCCCCCUUAUCCUGCUUUUUGGGGGGGGGGAACCCAGCCCUUGGCCCCUCUCCCACUUUUCUGGGGGGGGAGCACCCUCCCCUUGUGCUCUUCAGGGCUCUGCCCCCCCCCGGGGGUGAGGGGGGGACACAUGGGGGUGCCCCCCCCCCCAUUGCCCCUCAUUGGGGGGGGGGUUUGCAGAGCGCUGCUUGUCUGGUUUGUACAUAUCAGUGAUUUGCACUUGGUGUGGCCCCCCCCGAGCCCCCCCCCCCCAGCCUUUUUCUGUUACUUUGACAGAGAUUGAGUCGUUUCGGGGGGGGGUUUGGGGGGUUUUUGGGGGGGGGGUCACUGUUAGAGGCCUAAUUUUAUAUGUGUUCACCCCCCCCCCUCACCCCCCCGCGGGGAAUCGAUUGUAAGAGUUGAAUCUAUAUUAUAUAUAAAUGCAAUAAAGCAGCCGAGAGAG